AAUUGAAACAAUAUUUAGUAGGCUGCUGUGUCAACAAAGCGGGUGCAAUAGUGGUAAUCCCCUGCGAAGAGAACAGCUUGAAGUUAAAUUAGACAUCCUGUUAUGGGAUAUUAUUAUGGAACCGUCAGGCGAUAAAACACUUUCGUGACAUCGUAAAGGAAGAGGUGUCUGGAUUCGACAAUAUAUAUAUCAGAGUUGCAUGAGAGCAGCCAUUAAAAAUGUGUAUGAAUCCUUUUGAUCGUGAUUCGUCCAUGGCUGAGUUUGUCUCUCUCGACACUCCUCCCUGGAGUUAAAAGAGCUGGAAACAUGAGUGGCAUCGGGCUCUCUGAAACUGAGCUACAAUUCUCUUCCCCAAAGGACUUGAUAUGAAAUCUCUGAUGCGCCGCUGGCUGUGCCUGCUCACCCUUUGCCUCCCUGUGUUGUUUUGGUUCGGACAUGUGAUCACGCGGGACGAUCCGACCCCUGCUGAGAAGAGCUCCAGGCUCAGGGGCUACAUGAGGGUCAGCCCCGGCAGGAUGGACCAGCCCCUGGACAUGCACUGCAGCCGCUGUGCCUUGGUCUCCAGCUCGGGUCAGAUGCUCGGAGCUGGCGCUGGAGAAGAGAUAGACGGGAUCGGAUGCGUGAUCCGGAUGAACAAUGCACCCACGCGGGGGUUUGAAAAAGAUGUGGGAAGCCGCACCAGUGUUCGGGUUGUGUCUCAUACCAGCGUUCCCUGGUUGGUUAAAAAUGAGAGCUACUAUUUCCAGCAAUCAGUGAACACCACGUACAUAUUCUGGGGGCCCGAGAGGAACAUGAGGCAAGACGGGAAGGGACGGAUCUUCAAUUCUCUCCUGAAAAUGGCAAAGAAGUAUCCAAGUGUCUCGAUGUACGCUCUGACCAGGGAGAAGAUUCAACACUGCGAUAAUGUGUUUCAGAAUGAAACUGGGAAAAACAGGAUGAAGACCGGGGCAUUCCUCAGCACUGGAUUCUUCACAAUGAUUCUUGCUAUAGAAAUGUGCGACAGCAUCCAUGUUUAUGGAAUGGUCAAUGAUAACUUCUGCAGCCAAGCCAACCAAAGUCCUGUUCCUUACCACUACUAUGAGAAGAGCAGGAUCAAUGAAUGCAGGAUGUACAAGGUCCACGAGCACACUCAGCGCGGGGGUCAUCGAUUCAUCACUGAGAAGGCCAUCUAUGCCAGGUGGGCAACCCAGCACAAGAUUGAGUUUAAACACCCCUCAUGGAGCCCCUGAAGAAGAAGAUAUUUACUACACAGUGUUCCUUUUACUGAGCAGCGGUAUGUCCUUUUGCCUGGUUUUUGUUCCUCUUUGUUGAAGUCUAUAGUUUUGCCUUGAACUGCUGUAGAACUUUUAUCAUAUACUGGAUUGUUACUGGUGGAACUUUAACGGUCACAAACAUUUUAAACUGGCUCAAUGUGAAUGCAGUUAGCCAGAUUUAGCUGCAUUUAGCUGCUAACAUGUGGUGGGUACCAUCCCCAGUAUUACGAAAUACAUCAGCUGUAUUAAGCCAUAUGUCAGUGUUGAUGCUGAGAAAGACUUUAGAGCCACUAAACUAGAAACUAAGAGGAGUUCAAACGAAAGCGAACACUUCUUAAUGUCUUCAUACCUGUGCCUUGAUUUUAAGUCUUAUUGUGCACUAUUUUAUGCUGCAGCUACAAUACACAUUUUUACUUUAUGAAACAGGAAGUGUAAUGAUUCCUUGCUGUGACAAAAGCAUUUUUUUAGAUCAACAGUUAAUCUGGCAUUUUUCAUUUUCAUGUAGUUGUUUAGUACUCAAACAGUUCUAACAGUUGGUCAUUUUGAAUGCCUGUAAAUGCUGCUGUAGGGCAGGUUGGUGUCAGAUGAGGCUUUUAAACACACGCUGCCAACAUGGCCUUUUUUCUUUUUACAUUCUCCAUGGGAUUUGCCGUCUUUUUAAACACUUGACUUUUAAAUGACAGCAGGAGGAGAUGUUUCUUUUGUGAGAUAUCACUAAACGCACAUGUACAGAAAGAGAUCAGCAAAGCGAUAUAAGGGAGGCUACGCUUUAUCCGAGAACAAGCUUUAGAGAAGUUUCCUUUUUUAAAUAAUUUGUUUAAACAGUGGUUACAAACCUAAAGUAACUUCAUUUACAUUGUGAAAACAAGAAAAUUAUGUUUGCAUUUUACAUUAAGAAUGGGGGAUUGCCAAUACAUUUUAGGAUUAGUUUUCUGUUGAUCAAAUAAUUGAUUAAUUGAGAAAUUUUUGCUACAAUAUCGUUCUUUUUAGUAAACUUUUGCCUUAAGACCUGACAGAGAAAUGUUAAAGAAAUGUAAUGUCAUGUUGUUCAUUGACGUGUGUCUUGUAGUCAAGCUUAAAGCUGAAGAAAAUCCCCACAAACUACUAUUACGAUACAGUUUAUUAUUUUUAAAAUAGUGAAAUAAGAUUCAGUUUAACAUAACUCAUUUGAAAGUCCUUUUUUCCCCAUUCCUCAAGUAGUUGUGGUCACUAGGAUGCCAAGCUUUAUCUAAGUGCUCAUUGACUAAACCAAAAAAAAA